AUGUCGCUCGUGUCGGGAGAGAAGUCGAACUUCCAGUUCAUCCUGCGUCUGUUGAACACCAACGUCGAUGGCAAGCAAAAGGUGAUGUACGCCCUCACCAAGAUCAAGGGUGUCGGUCGUCGUUAUUCCAACCUUGUCUGCAAGAAGGCCGAUGUCGACCUGAACAAGCGCGCUGGUGAGCUCACCUCCGAAGAGCUGGAGCGCAUCGUCACCAUCAUCCAGAACCCUACCCAGUACAAGAUCCCCUCGUGGUUCCUCAACCGACAGCGUGACAUCGUCGACGGCAAGGACUCGCAGAUCCUGGCCAACGGCGUCGACUCGAAGCUCCGUGACGAUCUCGAGCGCCUCAAGAAGAUCCGCGCCCACCGCGGUCUCCGCCACUACUGGGGCCUCCGCGUUCGCGGCCAGCACACCAAGACCACCGGCCGCCGCGGCCGCACCGUCGGCGUGUCCAAGAAGAAGGGUGGUUAG